CCGUCUUUUCCUUCCUCUCGUCUUUCUCACGCAACACCCUUCUUCUCUUCUUCAACCUGCACUCCCCACCACUUUGUUGCCCGAGACAUUUUAUUUUUUAUUUUUAGAGAUCCAGAAUUGACACCAUGCACAGCUCCUACUCGUCGACCAUCCGCAGAGAAACCCAUACAGAGGAGAGCGGUACGCACCAGCGACUUGUCAAGGUAUACGAGAGUCAUGUCGAGGAACAUGGGUCGUCACCAUCCUUGGCACGAUUAUUCGACACCGCACGCGAUGCCUCUUCAAGCGAGCAUGAUCGAGAUGUGAUCACCUGGUUAGAAUCCGUCAUCACGUCUUCUGGAGUCCACUUGGACCAUGCGAUCACCCCGUCGACUCCUCCAUCUCGUGAAAGCUGCGACGAUUCUGAACAAGACCAGGACCAGGAUCAGGACCAGGAUCAGGACCAGCAGCGACAGCCGCAGCGUAAAAGCAAUGGCGUAUUUGUCAGCCCGGUGUUCUUCCCGUCAGAGGCCAGUUUCCAUCAUUUGAUCGAUACGCUGGAUGGAGCAAAAAGGUCGUUGGACAUUUGCGUGUUUACGAUUACGGACGACGAGGUCGUGAAUGCGGUGGUCCGGGCCCAUGACCGAGGAGUGAAAGUGCGUAUUAUUUCGGAUAACGAAAAGGCUGACGACCUUGGUUCGGAUGUGAAGCGACUGGCAAGCGAUUUCAACAUCCCAACGCGCGUGGAUAACAGUCCUUCACACAUGCACCACAAGUUCUUGGUGAUUGAUGAUGGGUUGCUGGUCAAUGGUUCCUACAACUGGACAAAGGGCGCACGGUUCCAUAACCGAGAGGACCUGACGUUGACGAACUCUGGAAAGGCUGUGCGGGCAUUCAAGUCCCAGUUCGAGCGACUGUGGCAGGAAUUUGAGUGUUUCGAGCUUUGAAAGAGGACCACACUAUAUGACUAUACAUAUGUAGCUCAGUGUUGCUUUGUAGGUUCAAAUAACCCUUAACGAGCGGAAUAAAUGUCUAUGUUGGUUCGGCGGCGAGCGAAGCAGGUCAGUUUGGCCG